AUGGCAAGGAUCUCUCUGUUGAUAUUUAUAGCCGUGGUUCUAACCAUCGGCUCCGUCUCAGCUCACCCACCCAAAAAAACCAAAAAGACCUUAUGUCCACCCACUCUAUCCAAACUCCAAACCUUCCCCUCCCACGAAAUCUCAAAACUCGUCCAAAAGAAGAUCAAAUCCGCACCAAACACACCACAGUUCAACACACUCUUCGCCAUCUGCAAAGCCUUCAGCGACUACCUCGCUGUCCCCAAAGGCAAAGCCGUCAAGACCAUCUUUACCUCUGUCCACGCCAAAUACGCUUUGAUGACCGAAGCCAUGUUCUCGGCUCAAGCAGCUGUUGGUGUUGAAGGUAAGCUUGCGGCUCAAGUGAGGAAGAGCUACAACGCGAUGGCUGAUGGGUUCGUUGAGCUUGAGCAGAUGACUGCUGAGAUCUCGGCUAAGUAUAAGUUUAAUGCUAACGCUGAGAUAAGCGAGGCUGAUAGGUUGAAGAUUGAGAAGUGUGUGAUUAAGUUGAAAGGUUGUAUUAAUGUUUUCGUGAAGGUUAUCACUAAGUGUAGUGCUAAAUUCGCUGGGAAACCGGUUGGGAACCCGGUUAAACCGGGUGGUUAUCUCGAUGAUUUCAUCAAGAAGGGUGUUAACUUUGGUGGUAACUUUAUGGGAGCCAUCGGAGGAGCCUUCGGAGGUAAUGCUGAAGCUAAGGUUGGAGGUAAUGCCGGAGCUCAAGGCGAAGUUAAAGUCGGAGGUCAUGCCGGAGGCAAGGUCGGAGGUCGCAAAGGCAAAGGCAGAGGCAAGUUCGGAGGUCUUGCCGGAGCUCAAGCCGGAGCCAAGGUUGGAGGAAAUGCUGAAGCCAAGGUCGGAGGCCAAGCGGGAGCUACCACCGAAGUGAAUGUCGGAGGUAGUGCCGGAGGUAAUGCCGGAGGAAUCUUUGGGGGAUCUUUUGGGUUUGGAGGACAAGUUCAGUAUGAUGCAGCAGGUAAGGCACAUGUGGGAGGAGGAAGUGAGUUCAGGCCAUUGAGCCGCGCUGGCAACAAACACUUGGAUUGA